AUUUUGGACAGAUUCGGGACAACACAUUUUGGUGAUGUAGUAUCGCACUCCGCAAAACGUUCCCCAGGGACCAUACGGGGUUUUCGCCUUUGCGCCAUCAUGGAGUCCGCGCCCCUGCCGCCGCCGUCGCCGGCGCUGCUCUCCGCCAUGCUAUCCCCAGCCAGCCUGCUCGUCGCGCUGGGCACGCUGCUGCUCACCGCGCUGCUCUCUGCCGCCGUCAACUUCGUCUGGCUCGUCCCGCGCCGAGCCAUGGCGGACCUCGCCGCGCAAGGCGUGCCGGGGCCGCCCUUCCGCCUGUUUUACGGCAUCCUGGUUGACACAUUCCAGUUCCGCAAGCGGCGUGCGGAGGACCCUGCAUUCGCUGCCACCUGCACCUGCACACACGUGCUGGACGAGAUGGUCAGGAGGUACGGCCCUGUGGUGCGCUUCUGCGCCGGCCCUAUGCCGCAUGUGCUUGUCGCCGACCCCUCGGUAUUGCGCGCCAUAUACGUCACCCACAACGACGCCUUCCCCAAGUCGGACCUGUUAAAGAAUUCAUUCCCCCUCCUGGGCAACGGGCUCCUGACAGCGUCGGGGCCACUGUGGGCUGCGCACCGGAGGCGACUCAACCCCGCCUUCAAACACAGCGAGCUCAGUCGCAUGUUCCCAAUCAUGCUCCAGUGCAUCCAAGCUGCUCUUACUUCCUGGGAGAAUCAGGUUCGGGCCGAGCCUGGGAAGGAGGUUCCGAUGGACACUAUGAUUGAGAUUAUGUCUGUUAAAGUGCUUGGCUGGGUUGCCUUUGGUGCUAGGCUGGGUGACGUGGGGGGAGAUGGAGAAGCAGGUGGAGGUGAGGGAGGAAAAGGAGGCAAGUUAGCAGAGGGAGGGAAGGAUGGCAGGAGUCCAGCAAAGCAGCUUCUGGUGGCUUUUCGCGCGUAUUCCGAUGCUGCAUGGUCAAGUGCUCUCAGCCCGUUUUCAAAGAUUCCUGGAUACCGCUCACUCCCCACGUCGCUGAAUCAGCAUCGCGACAGGAAUGAGCGGUUGAUUUGCAGCAUCAUGAUGGGCAUGAUUGCCGCUAGACGGCAACGCCACAAGCAACAACAAACCACUGCUGCUGCUGCUGCUGCUGCUGGUGCUGCUGAUACUAGUGCUGCUGGUACUGCUGUUGGAAAUGCUGCCAGUGGUACGGAAGAUGCUCCCAGGACUACUGACUUGCUGGAGCUGAUGCUGACUGCCACAGAUGAAGAGAAUGAAGCAGCAGGUGGAGCAGCUGCAGCCAAAGCAAGGGGAGGAGGGGGAGGAGGGGGGGGAGGAGGAGAGGUGAAGUCAGCCCCACCCCUUGGUACCAUGUCCGACCAGCAGGUUAUGGAUGAAUGCAUCACCUUCCUUAUAACCAACCACGAAACCACGUCGGCUCUCCUCACCUGGACUGUCCUGCUCCUGUCGCAGCACGACACGUGGCAGCAGCGCGCGCGGGAGGAGGCAAGGCAAGUGCUUGGAGCAGAUGGGGCGGGUCUGACCAUGGAGAAGACGUCAGAGCUGAAGGUCAUUACUAUGGUGCUCAAUGAGGCGCUCAGGCUCUAUCCUCCCGCUCCUAUGGUUAUGCGUCAGUGCAUUGCCCGCACCAAGCUGAGUGAAACGCUUACCAUUCCCGCGGGGUGUGGAGUGUUGGUGCCGGUUGGGGCGAUGCACAGGAGGAAGGAGCUGUGGGGUGACGAUGCAGAUGAGUUCAAACCAGAGAGGUUUGCAAAUGGGAUUAGUCAAGCAGCAACACACCCACUUGCGUUUUUCCCCUUUACUGCCGGCCCCCAUAUAUGCAUUGGCCAGAAAUAUUCAAUGCUGGAGGCGAAGGUGACUAUGUCGCUCCUGCUGCUCAGAUUCUCGUGGCAAGUGGCACCGUCGUACCGCCAUUACCCAGAGCAUAAACCCUCGCUGAAAGCCAAGUACGGCAUGCCAGUGUUCCUCAAGCCUGUUGAUAGCGCGGACGAGUGAGUUGCGAACUUGCUUCUUUUGUUCAAACAAGGCUGUUUGUACCGUCAUCCCCCAGAUGUAAGGACCAGGGCUGGCAUUUAAAAAAGAAGCACCCUAUUG